AUGGAGGGGGAUGCGAGAGGGUGGGGGGGGGGGGGGGGGGGGGGGGGUUGGGGGGGGGGAGCCGGAGGCGGUGUGUUAGAACCAAUUAUCCCACAGAGCCACAAUGUGACGACCACAAGGGGGGUCCCAGUACCGGCAUCUAAGUGGAGGUGUAUGGUGGGGGGGGGGGGGGGGUUGGUGGGGGUUGGGAUGUGUUGUGGGUCUUUUAUUUUAUUUGUGGUGGGGUGUUGGUGGGGUGGGGGGGGUUGGGUGGGGGGGGGGUGGGUGGUGUGGGGUGUGGUUGGUUUGUGUGAGGUGUAUUUGUGUAUUGUGUUGUGGGGGUGGGUGUAUAUGAUGUAG